UUUAAUGUUUUUUGGUACUGGCCGUAGGUCCGGGCAGUAGUUUACAGCAUCCUUGGCUUAAAACAAGGAACAGGAUUUGUCGAUUAAGUGCGUUAGUUAAUUUUGAAAGCCAUUUCAUUCUAACUUCAGGCGGCAGACUUGUGCAAAAAGUGCGGCCUUCCGCUCCGUGGUAGUAGUGAGGCUUUGCGCACGUGCUACGCACUUAGAAAGCGUUUGGCGCACACAGCCGAAAGUUCGAUUACGGAUGUACCAUUACACAAUCCGGUUCUCCGUGCCACGAUAGGGGGUUGAUUCCGAAACAAUGGCGCUGAUUAAACUGCACAGCAGCAUAUUCCAUCCUACGCUACGCAAGCUGCAGUGCCAGGAUGUGGCCAUCGAUACGCACAACUUGAUGUAUCCAGUAUUUUUGGUUGAAGACGAUGAAGCUGUCCAAGACAUUCCAAGCAUGCCGGGAGUGGCGCGGUACGGAGCCAACCAACUGUUGGCUCACCUUCAGCCACUGGUCGCGAAGGGCCUACAGUCAAUUCUUCUCUUUGGCGUGAUUGAUCAAAUGCCGAAGGAUUCGACCGGCACGGGGGCUGAUAGUGCGACGAAUCCGGUGAUUCGGGCUCUGCCCCGCCUGCGGCAAGCAUUUCCCGAUCUGCUGAUCGCGUGUGACGUUUGUCUGUGCCCGUACACUGACCACGGCCACUGCGGCGUGCUGACGGUGGAUGGCACUAUCGAUAACGAGCCCAGCAUAAAACGGAUUGCGGAGAUUGCGCUCGCGUACGCACAAUCGGGCGCACACAUCGUAGCACCGUCCGAUAUGAUGGACAAUCGUAUACAGGCGAUCAAGCGACAGCUUCGGGAACACAAUCUGGAGAACCGCUGCUCGGUGCUCUCGUACUCGGUAAAGUUCGCCUCCGGGUUCUACGGGCCCUUCCGAGAUGCGGCUAAAUCGGCUCCGGCCUUCGGCGAUCGAAAGUGCUACCAGCUGCCACCGGGAUCGAAGGGAAUCGCUAAACGGGCCGCGAAACGGGACGUUGAGGAGGGAGCGGAUAUGCUGAUGGUAAAGCCCGGUAUGGCCUAUCUCGAUAUCGUGAAGCAGGUGAAAGAUGACUACCCGGAGUUGCCACUGUUUAUCUAUCAGGUGUCGGGCGAGUACUCUAUGUUGCUGAACGCCGGUAAAAUUGGCGCGUUCGACUUGAGAACCGUACUCUGGGAGGUGCUCGUGAGCAUGCGUCGGGCUGGAGCGGACUGUAUCAUCACUUACUUCACACCAUUGUUGCUCGACUGGCUGAAAGAGUGAAACGCUGAUCGUUGAUAGCAGGACUAUGCAAUGAUCGUCGGCGAUUUACGGUGACAAUAAACUCAUGACUCACGUACCAGCCAUUUCAAUUAUGUGUACCUUUCCAGUACAGAAUCGAGCCCACUUGCAUAUGAGAAUUGUCUUAAGUUUUAUAAACAGGUCCUAUUACAAGUGAGGGAUCAUGGAGUAAACCCGUUCAUUGGGGAAAAGCCCCCAAAUGCGGGAGAUCAAAACCAGUUUAACCGGACUACGAUGUUAUAUUUGGCUCCCAAUCUUAACGCUACGAUGAGUCACGAUCUUUCGUUUAAAGAUUAAUAUGCUGAACACUAAAAUGCAUGCGAAGAGCCACCGAAAAGC